GCACGUAACAAAUAUCCAAACAACCCUUCCUUUCACAGAAAUAUUACUGCCUUAUCUGAUUCUUUACAUGUGUGUGUGUAUAUAUAUAUAUAUAUAGAUUGUAGAGAGAGAAACUGAUGCAUAAAAAAGAGGGCAACAACAAACACCACCAGCAUGUACAAACAUAGCAGUUGCCGAAUAUAGUUACACCACCAUAACAAAACAUCAAUCCAAUCCUAACCCAGAACAAAACCUACCUCUAAAACCCCUUCUUUCUCCCUCAAACCCCACAAACCCAUUUUGUUUUUUCUACAUCCUAUGCGGAUUUGGUUUCUGAUUCAAAGAACAAUUUGAAUUAGAAAUCAAAGAUUUCGGGGCCCGAGAAAGAAUGGUUGGGCAAUCGAGAAAAUGGAUGAUACUCGUGGCGGCGACAUGGAUACAGGCGUUCACAGGAACGAACUUUGAUUUCGCGUCCUAUUCAUCUGACCUGAAAUCUGUGCUGGGGAUUUCUCAGGUGCAGCUCAACUAUCUAUCGGUGGCCUCGGAUAUGGGGAAGGCAUUGGGUUGGUGUUCUGGGGUUUCUCUCAUGUAUUUUCCCUUGUGGGUUGUUAUGUUCAUGGCUGCCUUCAUGGGUUUGUUUGGUUAUGGCCUCCAAUGGUUUGUCAUUCAAAGACUCAUCUCUCUGCCUUAUGUUAUGGUAUUCCUUCUAUGCUUGUUGGCUGGAUGCAGCAUCUGCUGGUUCAACACAGUCUGCUAUGUUCUAUGCAUCAGACACUUCCAAGCCAACCGGGCACUUGCGUUGUCUCUCACAGUCAGUUUCAAUGGGGUAAGUGCCGCCCUCUACACCCUCAUUGCCAAUGCAAUAAACCCGAGCGACGAUACCAUCUACCUCUUCCUUAAUGCUCUAGUUCCUCUCUUCACAUCCGGCUUAGCACUCAUCCCUGUGCUCCGUCAGGCCCCAGUUCAAUCACUUCCUGCUGAGGCCACUCGUCGUGACUCCAUGAUUUUUCUUUUCCUAAACAUCCUAGCUGUGGUCACAGGCAUAUAUCUCCUCCUCCUUAACUCACUAUCCUCUGAUGUGUCAAAAGCUCGGACACUCUUAGUUGGUGCGAUUUGUCUCCUAACCCUACCUCUGUGUCUGCCUGGCAUGGCAUACGCACGUGAGUGGGCUCGUAGGAACUUCCCCUCAAGCCUACGUUCUGAAAACUCAUCAACCUUCAAUCUGGUUGACACUGAUGAUUUUGAGCUUCAUAAGGAACUCAUUGAUGUAAGUGAAAAUGCUAAUGCCACGAAGGCCACAAAUGCCACAAAUUCCACGAACUCCAAUUCAUAUGGGCUGGUAGACAAGGAACGCUUUUUUGGGUGUUUUGCGUGUUUUGGGAAGGUGAUGGAGAAGGAUAGGUUGACAGUGCUAGGUGAAGAGCACUCAGCUAGGCUGCUUGUACGUCGAUGGGAUUUUUGGCUAUACUAUGCUGCAUACUUUUGUGGGGGAACUAUUGGGUUGGUCUACAGCAACAAUCUUGGCCAGAUUUCACAAUCACUUGGAUACAGUUCCCUGACUAGUUCUCUUGUCACACUAUAUUCUUCAUGCUCCUUCUUCGGCCGUUUGCUCUCAGCUUCACCAGAUUUCCUGCGUGACAAGGUUUAUUUUGCGAGGACUGGAUGGCUACUAGUUGCUCUGGUGCCAACACCAAUUGCCUUCAUUCUGCUUGCCACAUCAGGCAGUGAGGCAAUGCUGCGUGCUGGAACAGGCUUGAUUGGGAUAAGCUCCGGCUUUGUGUUCUCUGCAGCUGUGUCAGUUACAUCAGAGCUUUUCGGCCCAAACAGCGCUGGCGUAAACCACAACAUCCUCAUCACCAACAUCCCAAUUGGCUCACUCCUAUACGGCCUUCUUGCAGCUUUGGUGUAUGAUUCCAAUGACGGAAGCUCAACAACCUCAGUGAGCUUGUUAAAGGAAGCAACAUUGUGCAUGGGAAGCUCAUGCUAUAGGCAGACAUUCAUAUGGUGGGGCUGUAUUUCAAUAGUAGGGUUAGCUCAAGCUUAUUACUAUUCCUACGAACAAGGACUGCUUAUAAUCGGUUUGAGAGGAAUAGGACUAAGACGCAAGUCACACAAUCCUCCUUACAAACCUCCUCUUAGCUUCGAAUUCGCCUGUUUUUAUAAAUGGUAAGUUCUGGAAAAGCUAAUAGAUGUGUGGCAUUUCAUAUCAUGUUAACUUCGGGAAGAGCUUAAAGAUGUGUAGGAUUUCAAAGAGAGUCAAGGAUACGAAAACAUAGAUGUAAGCAAUGAGUAUAUGCUUGUUACUCAGACUGGGAAGAUAAAGAGAUUGCCUGUAACAUAGUAGAAGGUAAGAUGUCAGGAAGAACGUUAGAAAUUUUUGUAGAUGGGUUCUAACCAUCUUUCACCCUUCUGUUUUUGUUGUGUCCUUUUUUUCUUUAUGUAUUCUUUCACACAUGCUUCAAAGUACAAAUUACAGUUGCAUAUAAACAACAAAAACAUAACUGUAAGAACCAGGUUAUUUUUGUCCAGGUCGAAUUCAUCAUCUAUCCUAAUCCCAAAUUCUAAUCAUUUUUCCUA